CUCUGUCCUUGGUUCAACUCAAGACAAAAUGGCAGGAGGAAAGCCCCCAUCUAGAUAGCUAGACUACCGGUACCUAGCUAGGUAUCCCAGUAGUCCAUCAGUACAGUAGGUCCAACUGCCAGGGCCCACUCCGCCCCAACCCCUGUUCCAACAGGAGGACCUGCUCUUCUGUGUUUACCUUACUGUACUACUGGCAGAACCUUCUGGCACAUGGACUCUGACUCGACUCUGACCAUGUGCCACACAGCAGCUUUUACGGUGUACUGGAAGCCACAGAGACCUGAGAGCCUGGGAGAUUGCCCGAGAGAAGAUCGCAGAACUAUCACGAAGCAUGAUUCAAAGGUCAUUUUUUUGUGCCAGAGCCGUCCGUUGACAUGACAUUGUUACAAUCGACAAGAAGGGACCAUCACUGGUUGAAUCGAAUCGAAUCUAUUCCGGGCUACCGGUAUCCCCCCUCACCAUCACAACCUUUGCUUGUAGUUCCGCCAACAUCCCUCUGUAGGAGCUGUGUAUCAUCAAUUAAUUGCAGCAAGCAGACGUAACCAUGGGAAGCAAAGGUGAAUCGUUGCAUGACAACCUUUUGCGUGAGCAGAACAAGAAUGUGUUGAAGAAGUAUGAAGUGCUUCAUGUGAUGGGUACAGGUUCCAUGGGAACCGUGUCGAUGGUCAAAGUGAAGGACAGCAAAAUCGGAGGUUCCGCAUUCAAGGCGCAAGGAGUGGUCGGAAAGAUCAUGUCCAAACUCUUGAAGCAACCAUCCAAUAUUUCGGAUACGUCUGAGCGCAGGAAGGUUGAAAAUGUCUAUGCCCUCAAGAGCAUUCAAUUGGAUCGAGUGCAGCCUCUGUAUGUCGAAGAGCUCAAGAACGAAAUUAAUAUUCUCAAGUCGACCGAUCACCCAAACAUUGUCAAGGCACAUGAGGUUUACAAUUACAAGAAGAAUAUCUAUCUUGUCCUGGAGUUGUGCCAGGGUGGUGAUCUUGCUUCCUUUAGCCCGUACUCGGAGAAAGAUGCUUGCCGUAUCACUGGGGAGCUGUCCUCCGCCGUGAAAUACAUGCACGACCAUGCGAUUGUCCAUCGCGAUCUCAAGUUCGAGAACAUUAUGUUUGAAGUUGCCGACCCGAAUUCCCCAAUCAAGGUCCUUGACUUUGGCUUGAGCAAGAAGUUUAGCUCUGGGAAGCAGCACCACAUGAAGGAGGGAGUUGGGACCAUUUACACCAUGGCUCCCCAAGUGCUCCAGGGAAUUUAUACCAGUCAAUGUGACCUCUGGUCGGUCGGUGUCAUCGCCUUCAUGUUGAUGUCGAGUGAAAAACCAUUUGCGGACCGAAAGCGUAGGAAAAUGAUCGACAAAAUCAUGAGGGCAGACUAUAAGAUGGAAGGCCCGAUCUGGGACAAAAUGUCGCCCGCUGGGAAAGACUUUGUCGACAACCUCUUGAUUGUCAAUCCGAAGGAACGCCUGAAUGCCACCGGUGCGCUGGCCCAUGACUGGCUGCAACAUCAAAAUCAAUACUCCGAUGAAGCUCCUUCGGAGGAACUUGUCAUGGGUCUGCAAAAUAGUUUCAUUGCGUACAAAAACACACCAACGCUCAAAAAGUUGGCUCUCAAUGUCAUCGCGCACAAUUCACGAACCGACGAAAUCAUGGAACUGCGCAAGCUCUUCUCGAAGUACGACACGGCAAAGAAUGGUGUGAUCUCGUACAAGGAAUUUGAGUCUGCACUGAAAGAAUCCGGCAUGUCUGAUGAGCUUUUGCAGGACGUCUUUGAGAGCAUUGACGUGAACAACACGGGUCAUAUCAAUUAUACUGAGUUCCUUGCGGCCACAAUAGAGUAUCACGGUUAUGUUGAAGAGGAGCGGGUUGCAGCUGCCUUUGAUCGUUUGGACAGCGAUGACUCCGGAUUCAUCUCACGCGAGAACCUACGCGAAAUCCUUGGCCACGAUUGUAAAGAGGAGGAAAUCGAUGACAUAAUCAAGAGCGUUGACCAAGAUUCGGAUGGGAAAAUCAGCUAUCAGGAAUUCUUGAAGGCGUUCCGAUCGAACACAUUUGCCGCUGCUCUCAAGAUAGACGACGACGAGUCGAUGAGCCCCGCUGAAGCAGGCAAUCUCCUCGGACUCGAUGCCAAGAUUCCGGGUGGGAAGUAUGAUUCUGAAGUCAUCGCGAAACAAAAAGCCAACAACUGA